AUGCGCUUGGUUUAUGAACAAAUAAGCGAAGCUGAGAUGAUUUUUGGUAUGCCCCUGGGACUUAGGAAUGUACCGGAUAAACUUGUUUGGCACUUUACCAAGAAUGGGACGUAUAGUGUGAAGUCCGGAUACUGGGUUGCUAGGGACAUGAUGUCUCGGCAACAUGCUGAUAGGGCAAGGUCUAGUACCAACGGAUGUAAGGAGGUUUGGGAGAAAAUAUGGGGAAUUAAUGCACCACACAAAAUUAAGGUGUUUAUGUGGAGGGCGGUGAAAGGUUUCUUGCCAUGUGCAACUAACCUAAAACAAAAGAAGAUUCUAGAGGAUUCUAGAUGUUGGCAAUGUGGGUGGAAUAAUGAGUCGGUGAUGCAUGUACUCUGGGAUUGUCUGAAAGUUAAGAAAAUAUGGAAAAAGACUUUUCUGCAGGGAGUCUGUAGAGUAUGGCAGGAACCCACCUUUCUCGACUUGGUGCAUCACAUAUGUUCCACAGCUACUAGAUCUGAACUGGAAACAUUUUGCUUCACCGCUUGGUGGAUUUGGAGGAACAGAAAUCUGCACCGGUACGAGGAAAAGAGCUUGGAGCCUGAAGAGGUUGCCUGA